AUGUCCACAACGGCUGACGAUAAACAAUUCUUCACCACAUACUCCCAGCUUAUAAGGUUGCUGACGGACGCUGCUCCUGAGACUUUCUACUCCACGGACGAUUACCAUAAAUUGACGUCGUUGGGGCCUUCGCUACCCCAGGUACCUGCUGGGUUCCCCAAGUUGGCUAAGACGACAGCUGGGGAGACUACAAAGCUUAAUUUUAAGAGUAUCAAGCCGCCAUUUAAGUUUGCUGCUUCGCUUGACGUGCCGCUUGAACUGACGGUGUUCAAUAUCAAGAAUGAACUUGUGGAGACGGUGGCUACGCUUAAAGAGGCUGGAGCGACCGCCAGCAACUUGAAGUUGAUGCUUAAGGCAAAGGUGCUUACGGAUUCGACGCAGAUUGGGUCUGUGGCCAAGGCAAACGAGGAACUUGCCAUUACUGUCAUGGUGUCACCACCCACUGCAUCUCCAGAGAAGGCCAGCCCAGCUGCCACGCCAAGCGCUACAGAAGACCCAGACGAGGCAGUGCUUGAGCCAGUGGUUACAGAAGCUACAUGGGCGAAAAUCGGCCUGUUCUUGGCCCUCGACAUUGGCUCCGAGAGAGCCCAGAAGGCCGUGGCCCAAUUUAAGACUUUGGUCUGA